AUGUCGCUCGUGACCGGCGAGAAGACGAACUUCCAGUUCAUCUUGCGUCUGCUCAACACCAAUGUUGACGGCAAGCAGAAGAUCAUGUACGCGCUGACCCAGAUCAAGGGUGUCGGUCGCCGUUACUCCAACCUGGUCUGCAAGAAGGCCGAUGUCGACCUCACCAAGCGUGCUGGUGAGCUCACCACCGAAGAGCUCGAGCGUAUCGUGACCAUCCUCCAGACCCCCACUCAGUACAAGAUCCCCUCGUGGUUCCUCAACAGACAGCGCGACAUCACCGAUGGCAAGGACACCCAGGUUGUCUCCAACGGUCUUGACUCCAAGCUCCGUGAGGAUCUUGAGCGCCUCAAGAAGAUCCGCUCCCACCGUGGUCUGCGUCACUACUGGGGCCUCCGCGUCCGUGGUCAACACACCAAGACCACUGGCCGCCGCGGUCGCACCGUCGGUGUCAGCAAGAAGAAGGGCUAA